UUCAUGGAUAAAACUGACAGAGAGUACUACACUCUGGAUGACAUGUUUGUUUCCAAAGCAGCCAAAAGAGCGCGCAGUGGGGAAGAGGAAGAAAUACAUAGAAGAAAAGCAAUACAUGAGCACCAGCAGCUUGUUGCACGCAUGGAAAAGUGCCCAUACUGCUUUGAUGGCAGUGAACUUUCUAAACAUCUUAUUAUUGCAAUUGGCACCAAGGUAUACUUAUCUCUACCAAGCAACCAGUCCCUUACUGAAGGUCACUGCCUGAUAGCCCCUCUACAGCACCAUACUGCAGCCACUCUUUUGGAUGAAGACAUCUGGGAAGAAAUCCAGAUGUUCCGAAAUGCAUUGGUGAAAAUGUUUGAAGCUAGAGACUUGGACUGUGUUUUCCUAGAAACAAACAUGGGUAUGAAGAAACGGUAUCACAUGGUGUAUGAAUGCGUUCCUCUUCCAAAAGAAGUAGGAGAUAUGGCUCCGAUCUACUUCAAGAAAGCUAUAAUGGAGUCUGAUGAAGAGUGGUCCAUGAACAAGAAGUUAAUUGAUCUUUCUUCAAAAGAUGUUCGGAAAUCUGUUCCGAAAGGAUUCCCAUACUUUUCUGUGGACUUUGGUCUUCAAGGAGGAUUUGCUCAUAUCAUUGAAGAUCAAUACAAGUUCCCUCAUUACUUUGGAAAGGAAAUUAUUGGUGGCAUGCUGGACUUGGAACCGCGGCUCUGGAGAAAAGGAAUCAGACAGAACUUCGAGGAUCAGACUAAGAAGGUGUUGCAGUUUGCACAGUGGUGGAAGCCAUAUGACUUUACCAAAAAGAAAGAAUGA